UGCGUAUCUAUUUUCAGCAAAGCUAUUGUUGUUGACUUUUGAUUGUACAUGUACUCGAACUCGUAACACUUUCAGCAUCAAUUCUACAGUUUGUUUCUGUGUGUAUUGGCGUGGCAAGAUGAGGCUAAUGAUCCUGGAAGACUAUGAUAGGGCCAGUGAAUGGGCGGCGAAAUAUGUGCGUAACCGGAUCAACGCAUUCCAGCCAACUGAGAAGCGACCUUUCGUCUUGGGCUUGCCAACAGGCGGGACACCCAAGGGCAUGUACAAGAAGCUGAUAGAGUAUCACAAGGCUGGCGCGCUGUCCUUCGAGCAUGUUAUCACGUUCAAUAUGGACGAGUAUGUUGGCAUUGCACGUGAUCAUCAGGAGAGCUAUCAUUCGUUCAUGUGGACUAACCUCUUUGCACACAUCAACAUCAAGCCAGAGAAUGUUCACUUGCUGGACGGCAACGCUACGGACCUCGAGGCCGAGUGUAGCCGCUACGAGGCUGCUAUCACUGCUGCUGGUGGGGUGGAAUUGUUUAUCGGAGGCAUCGGUCCUGAUGGCCAUAUUGCUUUCAACGAGCCUGGAUCGUCACUUGUAUCACGCACCAGAGUCAAGACACUUGCCCAGGACACGAUCAUCGCGAACGCGCGCUUCUUCGAUAACGACCUAUCGCAGGUACCCAAGAGUGCUCUGACAGUUGGCGUCGGCACCGUCAUGGACGCAAAGGAGGUCAUGAUUAUCAUCACUGGUGCCCACAAGGCAUUUGCUCUGUACAAGGCGAUUGAGGAAGGAGUCAGUCACAUGUGGACUGUGUCAGCUUUCCAGCAGCAUGAACAUGCCACCUUUGUCUGUGAUGAGGAUGCAACGCUUGAACUACGAGUCAAGACGGUCAAGUACUUCAAGGGCCUCAUGUCCAUCCACAACGAACUGGUCGCUGAAGACGGCCUGGGAGCAAAGCGGACGCCAACCGCGUCUGACAUGGAUUAUAAUGCCUAGUCACCUGCUGCUGCGGCCCCUGCGCUGAGCUUUACAGGACACGUCUGGCUUUCUACUGCGCUGCUCACCGCUCUCCAGCAUCAGGAACGUGACAUAGCGAUGAAGCAUGCAAAACAAGAUUGGUGACGGUAUGGGACUUUAUUUUUAAGCUGUACAUGUAGUAGUUCUGUGGGCAUGCUGUUGGUCUGCAGCUAGUUGACCAGUUGCUUGCUUGCAGGCGGUGUUCACAGCAUUGCAGCAACACGGCAAGCAGACCUGCUAUUUUUUUGUGCUGUGCAGUCUGGCUCCAGACUCUACAUUCUGCAAUGCUGCGUCAUCUGGCCAGCUGCCAGCUACCCUUGACCAAGGAUGAACAACAAAGUUAUUUUUAGUUUCCCUCUAGUCCCCCUGGUUGAGCAUUUGGUUGAGCGCACGUACACCCUGGUGUUUAGAUAUACGGCUCUUCUUUUCCAUCAGCGUCUUGCAGACGUAGCCGUCCUCCGCUCCAGCUCUCACAUUAGUUGUAUUCCAUCCGGACUGACUUACUUAUUCUUGCGGCUGAACUUCGUCACUUUUCUGAAUUUUAUUGCGGUUUCAUCUGACUUAAAGGACUUUUUUCUACUUACCAACGCGCUGUGAUAACUCAUGGGACAUGGACCAAGUUCAUCUGUUCCACUCUCA